AUGAAGAAAACAACGCAAUCACAAACCAACUGGUGGGCGAACAUCAAUGAUAUGUUCAAUCGCCGAUAUCUCGGCAUCGGUAACUGUAGUAUUGUUGUCGAUAGAGAAAGCAGCACUGUCCACCUCCGUCCACACAAUAUCUCUGGAGCUCGGCUUACGAUAUGUCUGCGAGACACGACCAACAUCAAUCCAGCAACCGACUCCGUCACCAGCCGUCGACACGCCGCCAUCAAAGCCACAAUCGAUGGCACACAGAUUUGUCCACGCCCGACACAAUAUCUGCCAGGCGCGCCCGAAUAA